AGGAGGAGGACGGAACAGGAACAGAAAGUGAAGACUUGUCAAGAUGUCUGGGUGAGGGGGACCAGAGCGGAGCAGAAGCCAGAAGCCAAAACAGAAACUGCAGAAGUUUGAGCAGCUGACUGGAUUAUACACGAGAGGAGACCUGACCUGCCACUUCACAAGUGCCUGCGGGUGUGUGUUUUCUUGUCCGGGCGAGCUGUUAAGAGAAGAUGUCCUCCGAGGACAUUCCCGAAAUCGUAGAGACAAAAUUGAACCACCUCUUCACAACUGGAUAAAACUAAACCAAGAGCCAAAGAGCAAGAGGACAAGAGAGGACUCGAGAGAACGAGGACCAAGAAAACAAUACGUGGAAUGUCAAGUGGCAUAUAAAAAAAACUGUCUUUACCCUCAAGAUCAGAAUUCUCACAGCCGAGAGAUUUCAAAGAGAGCUUCUAAUAAACAAAUUAGCUUUUGGUCUUGUUUAGAAAAAAAUGCUCUGGCCUUCGGUUAAGGACUCUAAAGAAGGAGCCAUCCCCGAAUUCAACUUCCAGUGUUUCUCUUUGAACACAAACAACACAUGCUUCUCAGGGCAACUGUCUGAAAACAGAUCUCAAGUGCGGGAGACAAGCACAUGAAAGUUCAGUGUUGAGUCACCAGAGAUAUCUGACCCGACAGCUGCUGGAUUGGUAAAACUUCUCAACUUGCCACUUUAAAACUGGAGUCAGAUUACAUAAAAAUACUUUUUUAAAGACAAAUUAACACCAUAUCUCAAUAAUUUUGCUAUCUGUAAAAGCCCCUUGUGCUCGCUUACUAUCUCAUAAAACUUCACAACUGUCGAGAGGAUUCGUUCAAACUUUAAAACCGCCACGCAGACUCAAUUAAAAAGGAGUCACGGCUCUGCAUCCUGAAGCCAUGGAUGAGAAAAUUGACAGUAUUCGGGAUUUUUUCAACCAAAUCUGGAGCUUUGCUACAGACAAACACAACCAGGGGGCCUACAACACAGUGUGCCUGGUGGUCCUCCUGACUCUUCCCCUGCUGGUCCUCCUCGUUACUCUGGUGGUGUGCUGCCACUGCUGCUGCUGUCGCCAUGCCAACGGCUGCUGUCGCUGCUGCCGCGGAGACGCCAUGGCAACCACAAGGUCGGAGGCGAAGAAGAAAAAAAAUUCGGCCAAUACUGAGGACUUGUGGAUUUCUGUCCAGACGGGGCCGAUGACACCUGACACGGUCGCCCUGGCUAUGGUGUAGGAAUGAAUUUCUAUUUUUUAAGAGUGCUGAACCUCGACCCGUUGGUGCAGUGGAGCUGAUCAAGUGUCGCAAAAGUGCAAAACUCCGAUCGCCGUAGACUUGAAGAAGCCCGAGGACAUUGUUCAAACUGGCGGGAAGCACCUCACAUUGUAAUAGGCACAGAUUUGGUUGAAAUAUGUAAACUGUACAGAUUUGUUUCACUGUCAUAUGAUGUUUUCUCAAUAUGCUAGAUGUGGAGAUUUGAUUACAUUGUUUACAGCUUUGAGUAUGAGCUUUUUGGUGAUGUACAUAUAAUAUUCAGACAGGCACAUGUAUAAAUGUGAGUGUGUUAGCGAGAGAGAGAGAGUGAAUCAGAGAGAAGUGCAGUAUUAUUGAGAGCACUUUGUUCUUUGAGCUCCCAUGUGAAAUUCAUAGCAUUUGUAUUUGAGAGAGCGCCAAUUUCAGGUUUGCCCGGCAUUCAAAUACUGCCUACUUUUCACAUGUAGGCAGCAAUGUAAAGUGGUGAUUCACUCGCACUUUCAAAAGGAAAAUGCACUGAUGUCCAAGUGGUUAAACUCAAUUGAUGCACAAUCAUUUGGAUUUAUUUCCUGUUCUUGCUUUCUUUUUUGUGUGUGUGUAUUUGCAUAAUUUGGUCCACAGGAGAGGCACUUCUUUUACUUUUUGGUUUUUGAGAAUGCUCCAGUAUUCAGGUCAAGUCAGCCUUAAAGGCACAAUUCUUCAACAAAAGAUUAAAAAGAAAGAAAAGAAUAAAAGUGAGAAAUAAAAUCUCUGGUUCUUCCCAAAACGGUUGACAGAUCUUUCUGUGCACUUUGAACCCGCUAUAUAAGUCAGUGAAGUUUUCUCAAGCAAAAUCAAAAAGUUAAAGUUCUCCAUGCUAGCACAUUUGAAAAUAGAAACCAUUUGUCAAUGCUUGUGAAUUAGCUGCAGAGGUUCAGAGGUUUAAAAGUAGAUCUGAGAUGAAACAGCAGGACGCUGCCUUUUGAGUGAUUUUAUAAAAAUCUUCAACACAUUACCUGAAACAAUGUGUAUCAUCACCAUAAUUCUUCUUGUGUUGACUUGUCAAUGGGACAAUACAUCUACAUUCACUUAUUAACUUUUUUGAAGUGUAAAAUUCCAUAUGUCUUUGUCGAAGACCAAAGAACAACGACAAAGAGCAAGAAAUCACUGUACCGUUGUAUAUGUCACAUUGGUCAUUUAAUAUUUAUUAAUAUCAAUAGUAUCAGAAGAUAUCAGGGAAGUGGAAAAGUUGCAGUGCAGAGCUCAGACGCUCAGAUUACAGAAGUAGCCCAGCACGCUUUCAUUUUGAGCAGGCGUUGUGGAGGCACAGAGUUUAAAAGGUUGGCUUUGUAAAAAGAAACUGUCAGAAGAGUGAAUGAUAGAAGAGAGGAGGCUUUUUACCAUUUCAUUUCUGCCAGUUUAGCUGGUAGAAUUCCAGUGGCUGUUACUAGGUACAUAAGUUCACAAUGAGAAUCCAUCAAUAUACUUUGAAUGUCAACAGGACAACUUUGACCAUUCCGUUUGUUUUUAUCAGCUCUCUUAUGCGACAUGUGUGAUUAUUGGAUCUUCAUAUCCUAAAAAAUUGUAUAUGAAUUAUGAUUAUGGUUGGUAUAACUGAGAAUAUUCUAUUUCCUCACUCAAAAAAAGUGGAAGAGCAACGUUCCCGUGCGCUACGGCAGGAGUAGGAGCAAGCAGCUUGAUUCAAGUGUCGCAUCAUCUCGGCCCCUGCAAAGAAGUUUUGUCUUUAGAGGGUUGUCACUGUAACAGUCAUUCUUAGGAGUUUAAUGAACACGGGCUCAGGUUCGUAUGCGUCCACACUGCUUGUGGACACAGCAGCGUGUUAAUUACCUUCAGCCGGUGCACAAACACAGCUAGAAGUUAUUUUGUCAAUUAGCCAAACUCUUCAAUUAUGUGAACGCGAAGUUGUGUGUUCAAAAUACAUUUUCUGAAAUUAACUUCACAAGUUCUGUAAAUAUUCAAGAGGAAGAGAAACCCUGAAUUAAUCGAGUGAUUUCGUUUGACUGGUUGGUGCCCGAAGGCUCAUUCAGAUUCUUUUUUUUCAAGCGCAUGAUGACUCAAAACCCAAUUAGGCAGAAGUGUCUCAGCAGCAUCAUCAUCCUUAUGAACUGGUUUACGCCGGCACUUGGUUGAUCUACUUGCUCAAGUGCUGCUGGGAACACGGGACCCACUCGUGUCACUGCUGCCCAGGCGCACACGUCCCCAUGUGGAGAGUGAGGUUUGUCUCUUCUUCUGCGCUAGAAACUGCAGAGUUUGGCCUGAGGAGCCUGCAGGGUGACAAGUCAGUGCUGCCAGCCAGCCUGAAAGGAUCGCCUGGAGAUAACAUCAUUGACAUGUUCAGGUGUUGGCUGAACAGGUUUCUUGACACCAUAAUGAUAAUGAUAAUAACUAGGGAAAUGAGCAGAUAAAUAAUAGUUUGACAUGAUGGAAAAUAUGUAAAAGUGAAGAAGGAUAGCAUUCUCAUAUCUGUAAAGUAACGCAGCUGUGGCCGGCAGUCAGUUAUCAUAGCUUAGCACAAAGACUGAAAACACCCGGUUUGCCUUUGUCUUUUGAUUAAUUAAAUUACAUUUUGUUUCUUUAAUCUGCAAAAACAAUUCCAAAAAAGACUUGUUUUACAAGGAGUUAUGUGCAUUACCUCAUGUAAAACAGCAAAUUGUGAUUUCCAUUCCUUUUUUCUUCAGGACAUUUUCGUCCCGAUUAAACAAAGACGAUACAACAUGUUCAUUAGUGAGUUUCAGAUGUUCUGGUAGGUGAAUUUGUGAGGUACAUCCAGAGCCAAACAUGCUGUUUUUACUUACUCUACUGACUGCGGGCUCCGGCUGUAUAUAUUUAGCACACAGACCUGAGAGUGGUUUCAAUCUUCUCAUCUAACUCUCGACAAAACAGAGUCAAUAAAGCAUAUUUUCCAAAAUGUCAAACUAUUCCUUUAAACUACAAGAGGAAGAGAUUUACAAGAUUGGUCUGACUUUCCAACCUGAGCUGCUGAAGCAGGGAGUCGCAGCAGGGAGUCUCGUGCCGAGGGAUCUAAACCCAACUGAUCAUUGAUUGCAGCGGCGGUAGGAGGGCUGAAAAUAACACCUCAGUUGAUUGCUAUUUUUCGACUGCCAUAUUAUGGUACAAUAUUUUACCCUCAGCAUUAAUUUCAGCCUGGCAGGAAAAUGAUGGUUUUUCUGUUUCUACUAAACACGCUCAAUAAUUCACAGGCUAAUAUAUAUAUUUUUUUCUAAUUCUUUCCAUCUCAGCUGCCUCCCGGCUGCAGCCAGUUAUUAGCUGAGCAUGAGUUACUGAUCCUCAUUAUCACACAUUUCAAAUCCAUUAUACAGUAUUGUGGGUGUUUUUGCAGUCCUGUGCUAAAAAUGUAUACUAUGCUGAUCUUUGUUUUCUAACACGUUCACACCAUUCACACUUUCCCUGUCGACAGCUGUUAGGCAGUAUUUGUAAUGUUGAGCUUUAAUAUGUUUUGACUUCCCUCGGUUUGAACAUUUAUUUUCCAGGGACUAUGUAUCAGCUGUAUUCAUCUGCGGGAGUCAAAAGGUAAAAUCUUUUUUUUUAAAUAAUAAUAAUAUAUAUAUGUUUUUCUUUCCCUGGUGUCAGUUUGUUGGGAUCAGACGGAGCGGAGGUGUAGGAUUUGUCUGCCGCUUGAACAGCAUAUCAGCUGCAUAGUUGUCUAUAUGGUAGCAUCCCUUUUUUUGUGAUCCCAUCCAAUUAUGCUUGACAGUGUAUAUUUAGGACAUGUUUUUGUUGUUCUACAGUUGAAAAAAAAUGCUGAUGUGAUUGUUUAUUUAUUCAUUUAUCUUGUUGUUGUUUUUUUUAAUUAUGUGCCUGGCUGGGCUUUGUUUGCAGCUUUGCAUGCAUAAUUUACCCUGACAUAUAGAGACACGAUGAUAAAGGAGAGGAAAUGUGGGAGAUGAGAGGGAGAGAAAUAAAGUCUUUUUUCUGUC